CGUUCUUCUUGCUCCCUCUUAGUUUUCCUUUCACACACACUCUCUUCACAAUAAACACGCCAAAUUCUUGCAUUUUUCUUCUUGCGUACAUUUUUCACAAAACUAGUACUCCAUUAUUGGUUUCCAAUUUUUUUCACAUGGACGAAAUUGAAGUUCCUCAAUACUUCAUAUGCCCAAUAUCCCUCCAAAUCAUGAAGGACCCCGUUACGGCCAUAACGGGCAUAACAUAUGAUCGUGAAAGCAUAGAGCAAUGGCUAUUCACCAACAAGAACACCACAUGCCCCGUGUCCAACCAACCCCUCCCUAGAGACUCUGACCUAACCCCUAACCACACCCUUCGCCGAUUGAUCCAAGCUUGGUGCACCCAAAACGCUUCACUUGGCAUCGUUCGGAUUCCGACCCCAAAAUCCCCUCUCAACAAAAUACAAGUCCUUAAACUCCUCAAAGACCUCAAUGACCCCAAAAGCCUCUUGCAAUUGGAGCUUCUUGCCGCGGAGAGCGAGAGGAACAAAAAGUGCUUGCUAGAGGCUGGUGUGCCAAGGGCCAUGAUCAUGUUCAUUGUGAAUUGUUAUAAAAAGGGUCAAAUUCAAAAGGGUCUCGAAGAAGCUCUUAGCAUAUUGCAAUUUGUCAAGAUCCCCAGGGAGGAAUGUGCAAUUCUCCUAAAGGACAACGAUCAAAUACUGGAUUCUCUAGCAUGGCUUCUAAGCCAUGACGAAAUGGAAAACUCCAUAGCCGUGAAAUCACACGCGGUUCAAGUGCUAAAAAAAAUCAUCAGCAAGGACGACAUGUGUCGCGUUCUCGAGAGGCUCAAACCCUCGUUCUUCGAAACAAUGGUGAAGAUUCUAGGACAUCAUGCGAUAACACAACAAGGGGUGAAUGCUGCACUUCACGUCUUGCUAAGAGCUUCUUCCAUGACACGACACAGAAUCACGAUGGUGGAAGCUGGUUUGGUUCACGAACUCAUUGAGAUCGAACUAAUGGAACCAGAAAAAAGAAUCACGGAACUAACCCUAGCAAUAUUGUUUCAUUUGUGCUCUUGCGCCAACGGAAGAGCCAAGUUUCUGAGCCACGAAGGGUCCAUCGCGGUGGUGACGGAGAGAAUACUGAAGGUUUCGGCAUCGGUGGACGAUAGGGCCGUGUUUGUUCUCUCACAGGUUUCGAAGUUUUCGGGCACGACCAUGGUCUUGCAGGAGAUGUUGAGAGUGGGGACUGUGGCGAAGCUUUGCAUGGUGCUUCAGGCUGAUCGUGCCAAGUAUUUGAAGGACAAAGCGAUGGAGAUUCUCAAGGGGCACUCUGAGGUUUGGGCGAACUCUCCUUGCAUUCCCAAUACGUCUUUUGGUGGAUACGUGAAAUACUGAUGAUGACAUCUUCGUAACUUGGAGGUUUGUGUGAAUUGUGUGAUGCUUUUGUUGUCUUCAAUACCAAGAAGAAGCACUAAGCAUGUACACUUGAAAAUAUUUUUUGUAUUGUGCUUAUUUUCUUUGUUUGUGGUAGAUAUCAUGUCACUCAAGUGUGUAAUAUAUUUUAGGUUGUUACUUGAGUAUGAAUUUAAAAUAAGUUAUACUAGUAUGUAUUAUAUAUAGUCUAAUCAUGAAAAGUCAUGUGGAUUAUAUAACCAUGUUAGCCAAUCAAUUUUUUUUUUUUGUUGCUAUUUAAAGGUAAGGACCUUAUAGCAAAUUUUAUAUUUUAGUUUUU